CACAUCUUCGGGUCACAACUCACAAGUUCACCAGUAAUCAUUCAUCUGAGCACUCCCAAUCAGCAGCCACUUCAUUGCUGUCUCAUACUCUUUCAACAGAGGUGAAUUCUUCCUAUUCUACUCAGAUUUUCGCUGAUUCGCCACAAAGAAACCAACAGGUUGGGAUCUAGAGAAACAGAUGAGCUAAAACAAACGCUAAAUGAUAGAACAGAGGUACAGUAAUUUCUGUUUCAGAUAAUUUUCAAAUUGCUGGAAUCGAUCUACGGAGUACAACCAAUCUAUUUUGGAUAAUAGAAGUGAAAUAACUUCAUUUCCAUGCGAUUUCGUGGCUGAACAGAUCGAUUUUGUUUUUAGCAUUGUUGGAAAUGGAGAUUAAUUUAGAAAGAAAGAAGGAAGAAAAUGUGAUGUCGUGUGGAAUUCAUUAAUGUUGGAAGUUAAAUAUGGAACCCAAAUCACCUUCAAAGAUCAAGAUUUCAAUCAUGGGUUUCACUCGGUAUAAACGGGUCAUGAGAUUAUGUAUAGUUAGUCUACUGAUAUUGUUGUUAUUGGCUGGUGGUUAUCUCGCAUUUAAGCCAACGAAGGCUUGUGACUUUUAUACGGUUGUUGUGGAUUGUGGAAGCACCGGAACGCGAGUGAAUGUAUAUAAGUGGAAAACCAGAAAUUCCGGUGACUGGGAUUUGCCUAUUUUGGAGCAUUCUUAUCCUGACGAUGCAACUGUUAGUCUGUUUUCAAGGAGUUCUUGCAAGUAUCAUUGUAUGCAGACAGAGCCAGGCUUAGAUAAGUUUGUUGGUAAUACCACGGGAGUGAGGCUAUCCUUGGCACCAUUGAUGCAGUGGGCAGGACGGUGGGUGCCUCUCGAAAGACAUGGAGAGACUCCAAUUUUUGUUCUAGCUACUGCUGGACUGAGGAGGUUACCAAUUGAGGAUGCUAGGCUGGUUUUGGAUGAUGUGGAGCAUGUUCUUAAGGAACACUCAUUUGUUUAUCGGAGAAGUUGGAUAAGGAUAUUGAGUGGGAGAGAAGAAGCUUAUUAUGGAUGGGUGGCUUUGAACUAUAAAAUGGGGAAUUUAGGAAAUUCAUCAGAGAGUCCUACAUUGGGACUUUUAGAUCUGGGAGGUUCAUCGUUGCAGAUUGUUAUAGAAGUUUAUGAUGGGGCAAGAGACAAUAUGCACUUGAUACAAACAAAGAUUGGCUCUGUUGAACACCAGAUUUUUGCAUCCUCAUUACCAUCAUUUGGCUUGAACGAGGCAUUUGAUAGAACAGUUGCCAUGCUCCAUCAGUUGCAGCCCAUUAAAGGAAGUACUGAUGAAAAAAUCAAACUUAGGCAUCCUUGUCUACGUUCUGAUUUUCUACAAAAUUAUACUUGCUAUGCUUGUGACCUGCCCAACCUCAUUCACAAAAAGAGUUUGAGUGGUCAAAGUCAUAAAAGUGAAUAUAUUUAUUUGGUUGGAGAUCCUGAUUGGGAGAAAUGCAAAGUAAUUGCUAGGGCAGCUGCUACUAACUCAAGCAGUUUAGAUUGGUCACACUCGCAGCCAACAUUUCAUGCUAAUUGCGAAGCAAGACUAUCUUCUUCCAAUGGUAGUGACAUCCUUAAUUUGAUAGCUUAUUCAAGCAGACGCUUUCAUGCUUUGUCAGGAUUUUUUGCUGUUUACAACACAUUAGAUUUGGUAAGAGCAAAUUUAACUGAAAUUUGGGAGAAAGGUGAGCAGUUGUGCUUAGAAUCAUGGGAUGACUCGAGCAACAUUUCCAGAACCCAAAACUACUUCGGACAGUACUGUUUCCGAGUGCCUUAUAUGGUAUCACUCCUUGAAGAUGCAUUGUGUUUAGGUGAUAAAGAAAUAGUUUUCGGUCCUGGGAAUAUAUCUUGGACCUUGGGAGCUGCACUUGUUGAGGGGGAAUACCUAUGGCUAAGCUUUUCUAGAACAAGCAUUUCAUCCCUGAAAAUCAUGGAUGUCAUAGCUUCCCCUGUUUUUGUUUUCCUACUACUUUUGUCUCUCUUAUUUAUUGUUUACUGUAGUCAAAUCAAGCUGCCUGUGCUGGGAAAGAGGGUUACUGCUGUUGGGCCAUCUUUGCCACCUUACCUUUACCCGAAACGCCGUCCAAACUAAUGCUUAGUCACAACUUUGUUAAAGUGAAGAACUUGUCAGGUAUUAAUCAUUGUUCCUUUUAUGUACAAAUACAAUGUAUAAUUCAUUUUUUCUUUAAAUAGUAUCAGUUGCCCUUUCAUGUAAAA